CGAGACCCUGGAGCGGCUUAGAGCUGCGCCACCCGCUUACAGCCGAACCGCUUUACAAGUCAUGUUCAUCCAAACUGAUCGUUUCUGCAAUUAUCAGAGACAAGCGCGGAAAGUUACUGUGGUAGAGGCUGCCCUCAGCUCUGUUCGUUGUGUCAAGUGGCAGCUUUCAUGCUGCCAACGUAAUUGUCCUGCGAACUCUUACCGCCGAUCCAGUUUGCUAGGUGACUCGGCUGUAUCCAUUUGCCCUCCCGAGCCUCCUUAUUCGUACAGCCCUGAGAUGUGCUCCAGUCAGGCCCUUAUGUCACAGGCAAAAAGAGCCGAAGCUCCGAGCCCUGGGCGGAAACAUUUCCCAUUAUCUCUGACAGCCGGCAAGGAAGGCUGUAAGGUGCGGGGACGUUACGCUCCAGUGAUGGGCUUCAGGAUGCUGUUUCUGAUACGUCUUGAGGUCAUUGAGGAUCGUCGCUCUCCUGCUUCGUUUGGGGUAGCACGGGGAUGCUCAGGUGCUGGUCAGUGAGUUCGGGCGGAGUCACCUCGGUAUCGCAAAUCGGGCCAAGGUGGAAGCUUCGCAUUCAGUUGCAUCAUUUCGCCAUCGGCUGCUCUACGCACCUAGUCGAGCAAGCCACCUCACCGCUUCAUAUCAAGGAACUGGGCGUCACCCCUGCAGAUGUGUUGUUUUGUCCGUAGCAAAUACAGGAUAACAUGCGGGAUGCAUGUUGCUAUGUCCGCGGAUCUCGAGGCGCCUCCAGCCUUAUUUUAC